AUGGCAGGUCUGAAAGACGAUGAAUGCAGAAGAAAAUUCCGCCAACGUGUGUCUAUUCAUGUUGGAGUACGGACCAGGAAGAAGCUUAGCGAUGCGGAUUCCUUCACAAAGUGCAUCCAGGACGCUGCAAGGGAAACGCUCCCGGUUCUAUUGCCGCGGAAGAAGUUUGCCUUUGCAUCUGCGGAAACAAAAUCCAGAUACAAUUCUGUAUGUGUGUCGCGCAGCGCUGGUGACUUUAACCAGGAAAAGCGUCUUAGAAGGAAGCUGCGUCGUCAACUGCAACAAGACCGCGAUAACGAGUGGACGUCAAGAGCGAUGGAGUUUGAGAAGGCGUGGGAGGACAGGAACCCGCGGAAAGCCUAUGCUCUACUAAAACAGUAUCGCGUCAAAAUGAAAAGAUGUUACCCUGUUCUGAACACUGCCAAUGGGGUAGCUGUCGGUGAAGCAACCCUUCCAAUUUGGAAGGAACACUUGAAGACCUUGCUGAACCGGCGUGUUCGAGUUCAGGAGCUGACGGCUAGCACCGUCAACCCCUGA